AUGUCCAAACUUUCGAUUCGCAACUUCGCUCUACCGCUGCGCUACAUUCGCAGUAGUUUGCAGUUUGCAACACUACGACGUACCGCUGUUUCUGCUGCAUCUACACGUGGAAUAUCUUCGUCACGACUUACUUCAUUAUUUGGCAUAUCUAGCCAUUAUAUAAGUCGUCUUCAUCUACUAAAUGGUAGCCGAAAAGAAUUGUAUCGAAUGUAUUCGAGCGGCCUGCCUGAGCACAAGUUAAUUCCAAUGCCAGCUCUCUCUCCAACAAUGGAACAUGGUACUAUCGUCAAGUGGCAUAAAGCCGAAGGAGAUGAAGUUUCAGAAGGCGAUCUGGUUUGUGAAAUUGAAACUGACAAAUCAGUAAUGGCAUUUGAAGCUUCUGAUGAAGGUUACUUGGCGAAAAUAUUGACUCCUGAUGGUACCAAAGGCAUACAAAUUGGGAAACCAAUCUGUGUCUUUGUUGAGAACAAAGAAGAUUGUGAUGCUUUUUCGAACUUCAAAGUAGAAGGCAAGCAUUUUUAA